AUGAAGCUUCGAGUCGGAUCUUGGCCAAGCCGAAGAGCAGUCUGGCGGCCACCGUCAUUGCGCCUGCUAGGAGCUCGCCAUACCCACAACGACUCGAGACAGCGGAUAUGUGACUUCUGGAUACCAACAGUCAAUGUCCAAAAGCAAGAUGCAGCUACCGACGCGACUCAGCUGCUCAUCCGCGCGGGCUAUUUGCGGCAAGCGUAUGCUGGUAUCUUCCAGCUGUUGCCGCUCGGCCUUCGAGUACAGGAAAAACUGGAGCGGUUGAUCGACAAACACAUGAGAUCGGUCAAGGCUUCCAAAGUUUCCUUGUCGUCCAUCUCGUCACAAGCGUUGUGGGAGAAAUCUGGGCGGUUGAAGGCGGGCGGCGAAAUGUUCACCUUCAAAGACAGGAAGGAUGUAGGAUGGCUACUAGCUCCGACACACGAAGAAGAGAUUACCAACUUGCUCGCCGAACUCGUCCAUACACCGCAACAGCUGCCCAUUCGACUCUACCAGAUCAGCAGGAAGUACCGCGAUGAGAAACGACCUCGUGGCGGACUGCUGCGGGGGCGCGAAUUUCUGAUGAAAGACCUGUACACGUUCGACCACAGUCCCGAGGCAGCGCACAUAACAUACGACGAGAUUCGAAAUGUGUACCGCAGUUUUCUCGACGAGCUCAAGAUCAAGUACAUCGAAGCGAGAGCCACGUCGGGCGAUAUGGGUGGCAACCUCAGCCAUGAAUAUCACUUUCCCAACUUCGCUGGUGAGGACACUGUCAUCACGUGUUCAGACUGUGACUAUGCACGCAAUGAGGAAUUUGUCUCCCAGCCACCAUACAGGGCUGACUCGUUCAACAACGUUGAAGACUUCCUGAAGAACUGCUCCACCCAAGACGAAGUCCCGGGUGGGCUCCUCCAGGAAGACUUUCUCAGCACAGAUCGGCUGAGUCUGGUCCGCGUCAUUACUUCCAACGCCUCCGAGCGGGCUUCAUCGGGCGAGACCGCAACACGCGCCGUAAACCCCUACGCCGUGAAAGCGGCCUUGAGCGGUAUAUUGGACAUUGACACAGGUGUCGAGGAUCCUUUGAAUCAGUUCAGGAAAUCACUAUGUGACGACGUGAGCCACAACGGACCGAAGCAGCGGUCGGUUUAUUACCUCCUCGACUCGCCUGUCCCGGCCGGGCUGGUCCCUCGCUCAUCUGUCUCCGAUUUCCUGCAUGCCCAAGUCAACCAUUGCGCCGUCCGAGCGCCACAUGAUGAGCAAAUGGGUGCAAGUAGCUUGUUGAAGCGGGAAUCCGGGGACCCAUGCCCGCAAUGCAAGACCGGCACCUUGAGCAUCGACAAAGCCAUUGAAAUCGGCCAUACUUUUCACCUAGGAACACGGUAUAGCUCGAAACUUGGCCUUGCGACCAAGCAGGAAGCCGGCAGACAAGCCACGCCUGUGGAGAUGGGCUGCCAUGGAAUCGGCGUGUCUCGACUGAUUGCAGCUACGGCAUCUUGUCUUUCCGACGAAGUCGGACUCAAUUGGCCGAGGGCUAUUGCGCCUUUUGAAGCCGUCAUCGUUGUCCAACCGUCGCAGGCCCAAAGACUCCGGGCAGCAGAGCGCCUGUAUGAUCAGUUAUCCGCGACCGACCUGGGUGGCGUUGACGCCAUACUCGAUGACCGGGAACAAGGCAUGGGCUGGAAGCUGAAGGACGCCGAUAUGAUCGGAUAUCCUGUUAUUGUCGUGGUUGGGAAAGCAUUCGACCAGGGGAAAGUCGAGGUCCAGUGCCGUCGGUUGAAAGUGAAGCAGGAGGUCGACAUUGUAAGUACGCCACAGUUUGUGCAUAGUCUGUUGAAGCAAUUAUGA